GGUGCUUACGCAUGAUGGUGGUUCCUGCUGACUUUUCGCAUUCUGUCGCUCGCUCUUCCCUCUUCCUCUUUUCUUUAGUGUGUGCUUUCUCUCCUCUCUCUCUCUCUUUCUGCAGCAGUAUAGAACAGAAUGAAUAUCAAGAUCAUCCGCCGGAAGUCCAGCAGCAGUACAGAACAGAAAUAAGAUCAGGGAGUUGGUAUCUCUUUCUUUUCGGCGAUGAAUUUCAAGAAUGAGCAUGAGAUCCUUCUGGUGGGAGAAGGGGACUUCUCUUUCUCGCACAGCGUGGCUAAAAAGCUUGGUUCUGCAAGGAAAAUGACCGCUACAUCGCUAGAUAGUAGAGAGGAGUUGAAGAAAAUGUAUGGGGAUGCACAGCAAAAUCUAGAGCAGUUGGCGAGAAUGGGGUGCCUCCUGCUGCAUGGAAUGGACGCGACCACCAUGAGCGCCCGCGAGGAACUGAGGGACAGGAGGUUUGACAGGAUCGUCUUCAACAAUCCUCGGGUCAGGACAGUAGGGCUGGACCAUGACAAAAAGCAAAUCAAGGAAAACAGCAAGCUAAUGGAGGAGUUCUUUGAGAAUGCGAGCGGGCUGCUGAGCCCGGGUGGGGAGGUCUACGUAUCGAUGAAGACAUGCGCUCCUUACAAUGAGUGGAAGGUGGUGAGGCAAGCGGCAAAGUCGGGUCUCUUCUUAGCAGACAAAUGUGAGUUCAAGAUAUCGGAGUUCCCUGGCUACACCAACAGGAAAGGAAGAGGAAAAUCCUGCAACAAGACCUUCCCCCUCGAUAGUUGCUGCACCUUCGUCUUCAAGCACCUCCUUUAUCUCUGA